UCAAGAGAAGCCGAAAAGCGAGAAUCCCGCUUUAUCAAUCAUGCCCCUCCGGCUUCCCUUGAUCAGACUCCCCCCCAAACCCAAAUUUCUUCACGCCAUUCCUUCCAACAGCAUCCGCAUCAUUGCCAUCCUCAUCACCGUCAAUGCCCUCGUCUGGAUCGCCGUCGGCAUCGUCCUCCACUUCCACCCGGCGCUCAUCUCGUCUGCCGCACUCUCAUAUGCGUUGGGGCUUCGCCAUGCUCUUGAUGCAGAUCACAUCGCUGCCAUUGACCUCAUGACGAGGCGGCUCAUUGCAUCCGGACAGCGACCAGCCACCGUGGGGACUUUUUUCUCUCUGGGACACAGCACCAUUGUGAUCAUUACGUGUAUUGUCGUGGCGGCGACGAGCGGUGCGUUGCGAGAACGCUUUGACGGGUUUCAACGGGUGGGAAACAUCAUUGGAACGAGCGUCAGUGCCGCGGUGCUCAUCAUUUUGUGCUUGGGGAAUGGAUGGGUGCUUUAUAAGCUAGUCAAGAGGCUGAAAGAGGUUCUUGCGCAGCGGAGGAAUGGCGAUGGAGAUGGUCUGGAGAGUGAAGAUGCUGCUACGACAUAUGCGAAUGACCAGCUUCAGCUCGUGGGAGGCGGGUUUAUAACUCGUUUGCUGAGAGUGUUCCUCAAAACGAUUGAUCGGCCGUGGAAGAUGUAUCCGCUGGGCGUGGUUUUUGGACUUGGGUUCGAUACGAGCUCAGAGAUUGCCGUGCUGGGAAUUGCGAGCAUCCAGGCUGUGCAGGGGACGAGCAUCUGGCUGAUUCUCAUUUUCCCGAUUCUAUUUACAUCCGGCAUGUGUCUUGUAGAUAGCACAGACGGAGCAUUGAUGAUGGCGCUAUAUACGUCCAAGGCCUUUUCACGGGAUAUCGUUGCCAUUUUGUACUACUCCAUCGUCCUCACCGGCAUUACAGUUGUUGUAUCUGCAUUUAUCGGCAUCAUCCAGGUCUUGUCGCUGGCGCAGAACGUGGCCAAUCCGACGGGCCGCUUCUGGGACGGUGUCUCGGCUGUUGGCGACCACUUUGACAUUAUUGGCGGGAGCAUAUGUGGGCUUUUUGUCAUUGUUGGGCUUGGAUCCGUUUUGGUUUACGGACCGUGGAGGAGACGUGUGGAGAGGAGGAACACGGAUGUGUUGGUUGUGAGAGUGGAUGAGGAUGAGGAAGCUGAAGUUGAAACUGACAGAGAGCGCUUGACGGGGGCUUUGGAGGAGCAGGCUCCGCAUCCAAAGACGGCGAGUACACAAGUUGCGAGUUGUUAGGAAUAAGAAAAUUAAAUUACC